AUGCGCCUCUUAUACCUCCCCGCGCUUGCCGUGGUAGGAUCAUUUGUUGCGUCUGGACUUGCAGAGGACCAAUGUCGAUGCACAACUCACGAUUUUUGUUGGCCCUCUACAAGAACCUGGAACUCGUUGAACUCAACGGUUGACGGACAUCUGAUCAGAUAUAUUCCGCCAGGUGCUGUUUGCUAUAAGUCCCACCCUAGCUACAGCCGUGAAGCCUGUGAUAAGGUUAUUAAAGAAUGGUCUCAGUCAAAAUUCCACUCUAGCGAUCCUGCCAGUCUUCACACCGAAUGGGCCAAUGCUGGCUGCACUCCAGUCUAUGAGAACGGAACUAGCAUCUACGGCGAUCCCAAGGCUGGCAAACGAGGUUGUUCAAAUGGAGCGCUUCCUGCUUACGUUGUCAACGCUACCACGGCAGGUCAUGUUGUAGCAGCAUUGGCGUUCGCUGCCGAACACAACAUACGAUUGGCCAUCAAGAACACUGGCCAUGCUGGUAACGGAAGAAACUUGGGAAAUAGCAGUCUAUCAAUCUGGACCCAUAACCUGAAGAGCAUCGAGCUGCGGGAAGAUUUUAACCUUACUUGCCCCAACGCUAAGGACGCCCCAAGUCCUCGUAUGGCAGCCACUGUUGGUGCCGGGGUUCAAGAUGGAGAGAUGAACGAAGCUUUGGCAGCACAGAAUGCGUUGGCGGUUGGCGGUACCAGCAAUGAUGUCGGAGUUGUUGGCUGGGCCACUGGAGGUGGUCACGGAUUUGCAACAGGCAAAUACGGCCAAGGAGCGGAUAACAUUCUUGAGGCAGAGAUUGUCACUCCAGCCGGUAAAGUCUUGGUUGCCAAUCAGUGCCAAAACCAGGAUCUCUAUUGGGCUAUUCGCGGCGGUGGCGGUGGCACGUUUGGUGUCAUUACAAAGCUAACUGUCAAGGCUUAUCCCGCACCCAAAUUAGUUAUCGGAGGCUUCGACAUCAGAGCCAAGCACCAAACCUCGGAGGAUCAGUUCUACAAAGUCAUUGCUCAUGCCCAUGCGCUCUUCCCUGCAAUUCAAGAUGCUGGUAUCCAUGGCUACUAUACAGUUACAGGUCCUCCUGAAGCCGAGGCAUUGACUUUCAGUGGAUCUUUUAUGGGGUUUGACAUUUCCAACAAAACCUACGACAAUGCUCUUGAACCUUUCAGAAAGAUGCUUGAAGCAUCCAACAGUACCGUUACUUGGUCUUUGACUAAAAUUCCAGUCAGCACUUGGCAAGGACUGCUCAAGGUUUUACCGGAUAUUGGGACGGUCAGUGCAGGCUAUGGCAUUAGGGCUUCUCGAUUGAUCUCACGACAGACUGUCACGGAAAAGACAGAAGAAUUUGCAGCUGUAUAUAAGAAGAUUGGUCCUACGAAGGAAGCACCAUUGAACGGCUUGCCUAACCUCUCUAUAUCUGGCACCCUCACCAUCAGCCCUAAGCCUGUUAACAACUCUUUAAAUCCAUCCUGGCGAAACGCGACCGUCCAUCUGAUCACAGGCCAAAGCUGGAGUGAUUCAACAAACGAAACUGAAGUCAGAAACAUUGUUCACGAUGUGACAUAUAGAAAACUCACAUUGCUGAGGGAAUUGGAUCUUGUCCAAGGAGCAUACUUAAACGAGGCAAACUCAAUCGAGCCUGGCUGGCAGUGGUCCUUCUGGGGACCAAACUACGCACGACUGCGUGAUAUCAAGGAGAGGUACGACCCUGAAGGCCUCUUGUGGUGUCCUCAGUGUGUUGGAAGUGAGGAUUGGGUCCAGCGACAGGAUGGUAGACUUUGCCGAGCUUUUACCCCUUGGUAA